AUGGAAAAGAACGCCACAUCCGAGAAGAUGAUCAUCAAAGCAGAGAGGCCAGGCGCCGCGGCCGCGGUGAUCACUGUGGACGUCGAUCCGGUGGCUCUGAAUUGCCCCAAAUGUCUUCGUCCCCUCGAACCUCCUGUGUUCCAGGUAUAUAUGUACCUCUGCUUGCAGCAAAUUGUCGUGCGCGGCACGGCGGCAGGCCACGUCGUUUGCUCGAUCUGCCACGGCGACCUCCCGGACAAGGACAAGCGCGUGUCGUGCUUUGUCAACUCGGGCUUCAGCCGCUGCUUCAUCCCGACGAGCUACGGCCGCUGCUUGGCCCUAGAGCGCAUCCUGCAAUCCAUCCGUGUCUCCUGCACACACGGCUGCGUCGCCGCCAAGAUGCUCUACCACGAGAAGGCGGAGCACCAGAAGACGUGCGCCGUAUCAUCAACCGCCGUGGAGCAGCAGGCUGUGCUCCUGCAGCAAGGUCCCCCGGGUGCCUGCAGCUACGAGCUUGUUUUGCCCAAGGUUCUGCCGACCUCCCGGGCUAGCGUCACCGUCACCAUCGCCGGUGAUGACGUCGGGAGGAAGAAGAUCCCCGGUAGUGGCAAGGGAUCAAUGGGAUCGUUGGUGAGGACGGGUCCUUGCGGCGGCAUCGGUGGCAACGUCAGGGAGACAAGCAUGUCGGACGUCAACCGAAUCGUCCAGGUCAUCGUCCGCCACUGGAACGCCGUGGACGCCAUUUCCUUAAGUCUGCAGCAGGACGAGUACCUGACAAGCGUCCAUGGCCACUACGGCCAAUUCAAGGACUUUGUAGUCAUAAGAUCGCUGACGUUUGUCAGCAACCUUCGCAGCUACGGGCCGUACGGGAAGGAGGACGGCGUGCCAUUCGCGCUCCACGCCGGCCCCGGUGGCAAGAUUAUCGGCUUCCAUGCGCGAUCGGGCCAAUUCCUCGACGCGAUUGGCACCUAUGUGAAGAUGGACAAUUAUUGA